AAGUCUCAAACUUUCUAUCUUCAUCUGAGUCCAAACAACCAUAAAAUCAGACACCAAACAAUAACACAGAAAAGGGAUAUACUCAUAUCCCACACAAUCAAAAGUCUCAUCUUUCAUUUCCCUUCACUCACUCUCUCCUUCUUCCAUUUCCGCCAAUGGUUUCCUUAUCCUCCACCACUACCUCCACUUCCCUAUCCUCCCUCCACCACCGCAGCGCCUCCUUCCAUAUUAACCUGCGCACCCGCUCCCUUAGCCUACGGACCCCCACCAAAACUUUCUCAAUCAAAGCCCAAUCUGCCCCUGUUCUCACCCAAGAUGACCUCAAGAAACUCGCGGCCGACAAAGCCGUAGAUUACGUAAAAUCCGGCAUGAUUCUUGGCCUCGGAACCGGCUCCACUGCCGCCUUUGUCGUCGCUAAAAUCGGAGAACUCCUUAAGUCCGGCGAAUUAAAAGAUAUCAUCGGCAUACCCACAUCAAAACGCACCGAAGAACAAGCAUUAUCGCUAGGAAUUCCACUAUCAGUUCUUGAUGAACACCCAAAACUUGAUCUUGCAAUUGAUGGUGCAGAUGAAGUAGACCCAGAUCUUAAUUUAGUGAAAGGUCGCGGUGGGGCCCUUCUGAGAGAGAAAAUGGUGGAAGCUGCAAGUGAUAAGUUUGUUGUUGUUGCUGAUGAGACUAAAUUAGUUGAUGGUCUUGGUGGAAGCAAGCUUGCAAUGCCUGUUGAAGUUGUUCAAUUUUGUUGGAAGUAUAAUUUGAUAAGGUUAAAAGAAUUGUUUAAAGAUGAAGGUGUUGAUGCUAAGCUAAGAUUGAAUGAAGAUGGGAAGCCUUAUGUUACUGAUAAUUCUAAUUAUAUUGUUGAUUUGUAUUUUGAGAAUCCUAUUAAAGAUGGGUAUGCUGCUGGUAAAGAAAUUUCAAGUCUUGAAGGUGUUGUGGAACAUGGGUUGUUUUUGGAUAUGGCCACUGCUGUUAUUAUUGCUGGAAAGACUGGAAUUGAUGUCAAGACCAAGUGAGGUAGCAAUUAUCAUCUGCCGCUCUGCUAUUGUUAUUCUUGUUGUUGUUAAUUACAUUUUUGUGCUGAUUUUGAACUCGCUAGUGGAACUCUUAGAUGGGGCCAUUAUAUAAGGUUUUGCUCAAUUUGCUUAGCAAUGGAUAUGUGAAAUAACGGCAAGUCAUUUCAUUCUUGUAUAAUUCAUGAGCAGUUAUUUU